AUGCAUCCUAUUAUCUCAUGGAUAUGUGGAGUGCAAAGUGUAGCACUGAAUAUGCAGACACCUGGCGAGGAACUCGACCUAAACUUUGGUCUUUUCCGUUCAAACGGUAAUUGUGGAUACGUUUUAAAGCCAGAUAUGCUGUUGAAAGGAAUAGAUCCGCGAAGUGUGCUCAAGCCGAAAGUGAAGCUAGGCAUUGGAAUAAUAAGUGCUCAGUACCUGCCUAAAUCGUCUGGCAAGGACAUCAUCGAUCCUUACGUUUCUGUUCAAAUAUUUGGAACGCCUAGUGACGAAUUCAAGUGGAAGACUAAGGUUAUAAAAAACAAUGGCUUCAAUCCUAUUUGGAAUCAGUCGUUCGAAAGAGAUCUUUAUUGCCCUGAAAUAACGUUGCUGCGGUUUUGCGUGAAGGACUUUGACUCCACGUCUAGUAAUGAUUUCAUCGGAGAGUUCUCAAUUCCUGUGUCCAGUGUACGGAGAGGUUAUUCAACCAUACGCUUGAACACCGGCUUCCAGCAUAUUCCCGAUGACUCGGCCACUCUCUUUGUUAGAAUUGCUAUCGAUCGAUUAUAG